AUGGACACAAGUCGAAACGAGUACCAUGAAGACGAUGAACAACAACUACAUCCAAAUCAACGACGAACAUCGACACAACCGAAAAAGCACAAGAAUGACCAGAUACCAAACGUCAAACAAAUACCUAUAGACCAAACUCUCCGAACAGGCAUUGCACAAACAACAAUUCAAACGUCAUCGGAAAUAUCGCUUGCUGCUCGUAGCUUUGCCACCACACGUUAUCCGUUCGCUCCUUUUCAUGUAAUCUUCAAAUCCGCUAUCAAGGACCGAUCGGCCAUUGACGAAAUUGUCAAGCACGCGAAGAACGAACACAAAUUCGAUUUAAAAAUAGCGGCAUAUCGUCAUAAACUCAGCGAAAAUGGCUAUUCUUUACUUGUCUUCGUUGAAAACAUUGAGGCAUUUUGUUUUCUAAAUAAAGAUCUCAGCUGGCCAAGCCUAUUAGCUGAAGCCGAAUACACCAUUAAAAAACCCUCGAUCCCACCACAACUAUGUCUAAUUGUAUUGAAUGUUUCGUUGAAUACGGACUGGGAGGAAUUUGUGGACGAUGUGAAGGAACGAUAUCCCGAUGUGGUUAAUGUCAUUCGGCUGAAGAAUCGCAACCAACGACCAGUACCAACGGUAAAGAUUGAAACGUCAUGUGCAACUACACGUGAAUCUAUUCUUCAACUAAAACAAAUGAACAUAGGAUACAUCAACUACAAAGUCACCGAAUAUCUAGCACCUGCACAGGUACUAUUAUGUGGUAACUGCUAUGAGAUAGGUCACUUUCAGAAAAACUGCCCACUGAAGGAUGAAACCAUCUGUAAAACGUGUGGUGAAAAAUACCGAGAUAUUAAAGAACACGAAUGCUCGGGACAAGCAAAAUGUAUUAGGUGCGGCGAAAAUCAUAAGUCAUCGGAUCCAAAAUGUCAAAUGGUGAAAUCCUAUCGUGCGGCGCUCACGCGUAACCUGUUACAACAUCCUGUGGAGAACUCCAAAAGAUAUGCCAAUGACAUAUCCCCUGUCGAGUACCCACUAGCAUUUGCUAAACAACAGUUACCGGUGAACAGCAUAAAACCAAAUUAUCCAAUAGAAGCACUGAUCGAAUCGACACUCACGAAAAAACUCGAUGCAUUCCUAAACGAAAUCAAAUCUGAAAUUAAGAAAACCCACGAAUCGAUUGAUGUGAUUCGAGAGGAGAUGCAUGCUCACCUGGUUGAAUCCAAUAAGAAGAUUGAAGCCGUCGAGAAGCAAGUCAAGAACAUCGAUCAUGAAGUACGGGAACAGGUUACCACGCUCAAUAACACAAUCGAGGCUAUCAUGCAAACCCUGAAUGAUAUUUCGAAUCUAUCGCCAGAACAUAAAGCAUCCAUCGCACCAUUCAUCAAGAAAACUAGACAGAACUCCAAAGCUUCAAAAAGCAAACAAUGA